UUGUCAGCCGGACAACAGAAGCCCAGGGCGGACGAGUCGCGUUCCCAGCGCACUGCCGCGAGCGAGCGAGCGCGUGCGUAGCCACGCCGUGGACGAAAGCUGUUACUCAUUCUGCAGGAGUGCGCGUUGACGCGCCCGCGGCUGGCCCACAGUGUUCUCCUGUUUUGAACACAACAAUUGGGCCAAUUGUCAACCAGUUGCAUAUUGGUGCAAAGCGACUUACGGAGCUCUGGUUUUGGACGCACCACUUUACAAUGUAAACACUAUACAGUAGCAGUUUCCGUCUGAGACAAGCGUAUACUGUCAGUGAUUAUUGUGUAUUUCCGGGCAAGCUACCUGAGAGAGUGACCAGGAUUAACUGUGUUUUACGAAAUCUGUCCCGCCGCUUUCCCGCGGAGCAACAACAAUACGGGCUGUGGAGUGUGUGUCUGUCGUGAGUGUAGAGCGCCGAGGGAGUGUCCGAGGAGAGCGCGGACAGUGGACAGCGGGCAGUCACAGGUGUUGCGGCGCUAUGGGCGGUCGCGGCGCGAGUGGUAGCCAGUGAGGAGGAGAUGGCAGCGAUGCUGUUGCGGCUGGCGCUGCUGGCGGCGUGCUGUCUGGCGGCGGCCGCUCUGCACGCCGGCGCCGGCGCCCAGCCCGGCGCACAGGUGGAGGCGGUGCGGGACGUCUUCAGCCGCGUGCUGCGCCUCCGGCCCCCGGCGCCGACCCCCGACGCCGUCGCCGCCCCCACGCAGCCGCCCCCGAGGCACAUGCUCGAGCUGUACCGCAAGUACGCCGCCGGCGCCGCGCGCCGUCCUCACCACGGCAACACGGUGCGCAGCAUCCUCCCCGAUCCAGCGUGGGAGGCGGCUACAAACUGCGCACUCCGUGAGUGAGUGCAGCGGCCAGCCAACAGCCUGGGUGGAGUGC